AUGGAUAAAGCGUUGAUGGCUCUAUCGUUGGAAGAGGAAGAUGAACCGUUCGAUAUGCCUGAUCUUCCACAGUACAAAUCGUGUGAAAGAAACUCCCGAAGUAUUAUCGGAAGGAUUCUUAAUCCAGACUGCCAGAAGAUGCCGGGUUUGAUUCGCGAGAUGCCAAGAACGUGGCAGAAGCAAGGGAAAGUUAGAGGAAUAGCUUUGUCCAAGGAACGGUUCCAGUUUGUUUUUGAUCAUGAACAUGAUCUGCUGGAGGUUCUAGAAAAAGGUGUUCAUACCUUCAACGACUGGACUUUAGCGAUUGAUCGAUGGGUGGAGAAGCCUCCUGAGGAUUACUUACAGUUCAUCCCUUUAUGGGUUCAAAUCAGAAAUCUCCCUGUCAAUUAUUAUACGAAGGAAGCUAUUACCGCUCUUGGUGAGAAGAUAGGUGCAGUCAAGGUGGUUGCUUUUGAUCCUGACAAGCCACAAGUGCAAGACUAUGUAAGGAUCCAAGUACGAUUCGAUGUCUCCAGACCACUACGGAAAUCAAAAGUUGUUAAUCUUCCGGAGGGAGGCUCUGCAGUGGUUCUCUUUAACUAUGAGAGAAUAAGGAAGCGAUGCUAUGAAUGUCAAAGAUUGAACCACGGAAAAGAUAUUUGUCCACUUCUGAAUAGGAAUCGGGAGGCUGCUGCUCUGAGGAGUAAGCGGGUUAUCAUGGACAGUCACAGAAAUGAAGUCAUCUUGCAUCAAGACGAUCCUCUGUUUGGGGUUCUUUCUGAAGAUCAAGUUGGAAUUUGCAAGAUGACAGGAAGAAGGAAAAUAGCGCCAGAGGUUUUGGAAGAAAUGAGAAGAUAUUUAUUAAUGGCAACAGAGGAAGAUAAGAAGAUUAGAAUUGACCGGGUCAGAUCAUCAGUAGCUGAAGCGGAGAAGGACCCUUUUCUGCAGAAGACAAUGUUGCGCCUAGAAACUGCUCCGACCUUUACCAAUCAAAUUGACAAAGGAAAGGGUAUUGUCUAUGAUUUCGACCUUAAUACUUCCGCUGAGCCAAGAUUGGAAGACAAAGAUUCUGCUGACAAACUGAUGGCUUCUGCAAUCAAAGCUAAUAUCGCAGGUAGCUUGGUUCAUCGCUGGGAAGAUUUGAGGGUAUCAGAUAGAAAGGCGGAUCUUGGGAGUAUUGUUCAUCAGGCCUUCCUUCCUCAUGAACCUUCCUCGUCAAAGGUGUCAGAGAGAGGUUUAUUGUUCGACAGUGAGCAAUUGGGAAACAAAGCUCGAGAGGAAACCCGUUUAUGGUAUGUAGCUCAGAAUUUGGAAAGGAGGGCAGAUGAUCAUAGGGAUCCAUCUAUCCAAGCCCCAGUCACUUGGAAGUGCCCUCCGGUGGAUUUCCUCAAGUGCAAUAUUGGUUUCAAAUGGGAGAAGAAAAAGAAAAUUGCAGGGGCGGCUUGGGUAGUGAGAGACUCAUCAGGUACAGUUCUUCUCCAUAGCAGACGGUCUUUUGGGGAAGUGGAAUCGAAAAGUGAAGCCCAGUUUGUCAGUGUUGCUUGGGCUAUUGAAAGCAUGAAGAAUCACAGAUACUUAAAGGUACACUUUGCUUUUGAAGGAAGAAUGCUAGUAAAUGCCAUCAUCAGACCUCGCGAAUGGCCUUCAAGUUCAAAGUGA